AGCAGUUUAUGUGUUGAGGACAAAGAGCGCCGAGCCUUUUUGUGACAGUCAUGGAGGAGAUCAGUAAUGUAGCUGUACUCAUCACACACUCCUCCACUGCCUCCUCUUCCUCCUCCACGCCAUCAUCACUGGGAUCCCUCUCUCAAAACCAUAUGCAGCAAGCGGUAGAGGAGGACACCUCCCAGAUUUUCCAGCAGAAACAAGCUGCAGAUUCUCUCAUCCAGGUCAUUGAGAAGCUCAGCAAAAUCGUUGAGAAGCGGCCCCAGCGCCACUGUACUUUGGCUGGACAGAAAAGGGCAAUCCAGAUGGCCUCUUCUGCAGGGGGAGGAGGAGGUGUGGAGGGGACGAGGGGGAGCAGAGGAGGCUCUCCCUUUAAGAAAAUAAAGAGUAACUGUAAGGAGCAGGAGAGUGUGGAGGAGGCGAGAUUAGACAGCAGAGUGGCUGACGGCGCUCUCUCUUCACCUGUGUCAGGUGACAGUAACAACAACAACAUCACCUCCACGGUGACGGACGUAGCUGGCAACCCCAACAGCACGGACCGCAAGCGGACGGUGACAUGCUAUCAGUGCAGCCUGUGCCCCUAUCUCUCCCAAACGCUGCCGCUGCUGAAAGAGCACCUGAAGCAACACAAUGAGCCUCACAGUGACCUCAUCCUCAUGUGCUCUGAGUGUCACUUUACCUCCAGAGACCAGGGGCAGCUGGAGGCACACGUCAGGCUGCACUUCAACAACGAUGACAACCUGAAGAGGAAUUCCACUCGGUCGGAUACCUGCAGCGAGGGCACGGACGAGGUUUUAAGAAAGCAGGAUGGGGACUGGACCGGGAGCAGUGGUAGUUUAGGAAGUGACAUGAUCAAAAGCUCAGCGGACGGUUCCAAGGUGUUACCACAGAAGAAGAAAUGGUAUAGCUAUGAAGAGUAUGGAUUGUACCGCUGCCUGAUCUGCAGCUACGUGUGCAGCCAGCAGCGAAUGCUCAAGACCCAUGCCUGGAAGCACGCUGGCCUGGUCGAUUGCUCUUACCCCAUCUUUGAGGAUGAAGACGGGACCACAAGGAGAGAGGCCCAGGCUGCAGCUACCGCUGCCGGAUCCAGAGAGGAAGUAGUCGUUCUUUCCCCAGUUCUUCAAGAUAAAAGCCUGCAGAAGCUGCCCUCUGCCUUCAAGCUUCAGCUGUUUGCUGCUCCAUUGGCUGUUGAGAGCAAACAGGAUGUGUUGACUCAUCCAGUCUCUAAUCUCAAUGAAAGUCCAAAAGCAGCAGAGGAAGAGGAGGAAAGCGUGUACCCCAUCAAAGACCUGACCUCGGAGGAGCCCGUGGUGGAGGUGCAGGUGACAACGGAGGCAGAGUCUGAGAUGGAGAUUGAUAGUCACCGUGAUAACACCUCUAUCAGGGACAGCUUACUGUCAUCAGCUCAGAAGAUUAUCAACAGCAGCCCCAACAGUGCCGGCCAUAUCAACGUGAUUGUAGAACGCCUUCCUUCAGCUGAGGAUUCAGUCAUGGCGACUAACCCGCUCCUUCUCAGCCCAGACGUGGACAGGGAGAAGAGCUUACUGGAUGCAGAGGAGGAAGAGCAGGGCUGUGUGGAAUCAGUGAAGGAUGAGGUGGUCCCUGGCUGCAGUGCGGGCAGCGCUGCUGACAGCCAGCUAGUAGGAGCUAAUAUUAAAUCAUCUGUCGCUAUAAGUAGUCACUCUCCACGGGAUGAAAACAUUCCCCCCGCUGGUCGCAAGAGGACACACUCAGAGUCUCUCCGCCUGCACUCUCUGGCUGCUGAAGCCCUGGUAGCUAUGCCUAUGAGGACCCCCGAGCUCCCCACGUCCAGUACAAAGGUAAGUAUGAAGACCAUUGCAGCCCAGGCACAGAGCCAAAACACAGGCCAGAAGGUUGUAGAGGCGCCUACAGCUGGACAGAAGGCUUCUGAUGUAGGGACAACAGAAGCUCUGUUGGACUUGGAGCUUCAUAGCAAGGGCAGAGAGGAAGAUUUGGGGACCCUGGGUCUGGGGGAGGGAGACGACGAAGGCCCAGCCACCAAAGCCGGGAUCAGCCUGUCACUGCUCACCGUCAUUGAAAGACUCCGAGAGCGCUCGGACCAGAAUGCUUCAGAUGAGGAUAUCUUAAAAGAGCUUCAGGACAAUGCACAGUUCCAAAACGGAGCCGUAGCCGGUGUGGUCGCAGGGAACGGAGCUGGGAGUUUCAUACCAGCAGUGGACGGUUUGGUUGCCUCUCCGGAUGGUGGUCUGGUGGACUACAUCCCCGGCAGUGAAAGGCCAUACCGGUGCCGCCUGUGUCGCUACAGCAGCGGCAAUAAGGGCUACAUUAAACAGCACCUACGGGUGCACAGGCAGAGGCAGCCAUAUCAGUGUCCCAUCUGUGAGCACAUUGCCUCGGACAGUAAGGACCUGGAGAGCCAUAUGAUCCACCACUGCAAGACCAGGACGUACCAGUGCAAGCUGUGCCCAGAUGCCUUCCACUACAAGAGUCAGCUAAGAAGUCAUGAAAGGGAGCACCAUAGCUUCAGCAGUGACAUGGCAGCCCUCACACCAGUCACUGAAACCAUGGCCAUGGUGGAGGAAGCUGAGCGGGUAACAGAUGAAGAUUGUGGCAUGCAGAAGAUGUACAAGUGUGAUGUGUGUGACUACACCAGCUCUACAUAUGUUGGGGUGAGGAACCACCGGCGGAUUCAUAACUCUGACAAACCUUAUCGGUGUUGUAGCUGUGAUUUUGCCACCACCAACAUGAACAGUUUAAAGAGCCACAUGAGGAGGCAUCCUCAGGAGCACCAGGCCAUGCAGCUAUUGGAGCAGUACAGGUGCUCUCUCUGCGGCUAUGUGUGCAGUCAUCCGCCGUCGCUCAAAUCUCACAUGUGGAAGCAUGCCGGAGACCAGAACUACAACUACGAGCAAGUUAACAAAGCCAUUAACGAGGCCAUCUCCCAGAGCAGCCGAGCUCCUCAGAAGUUGUCUGCAGUGCAGGAGUCGGUAGCAGAGCGCCCUGCAGUGGCCCAGCCCUCAAAGGACAAGGCCAAGGGCCCAGUGGAACCAUUGCCAACACCCACAUCAGUGACAGCCGGCCUGGCUGUGGACAGCUCAGGGAGUCUGCCCACGCACACCACAGACCCUUCACAGUGGCCUGGUGAAUCCCCGAGCCCCCAGGCGAAGGACCCCGCACAGCUCCAGUCUCAGUCCCUGAGCCAGCCACGAACAGGCCAGCCCCCUGUCCCGGGCCCCGGCAUGGAGUACUGCGUGCUCUUGUUCUGCUGCUGUAUCUGUGGCUUUGAGUCCACCAGCAAAGAGCGGCUGAUGGAGCACAUGAAGGAGCAUGAGGGAGACAUCAUCAGCAUCAUCCUGAACAAGGAGCAGCAGCAACCAGAAGCCCAACCAGGCCUCCAAACAGCAGAGUGAGACGUACCCUUCCCUCCCCCUCUUUAUGUUAACACUGGCCCUGCGCUCUUACAAUGAUCUGUGCCCACAGAAGUAUUUCAUUAUGCUUCUUUACCUCAAGGUGAGUGUGCUGGAUAUCAAGAUGUAACCAUCCCACCAUGGGAUGGUUACAUCAAGUGGGUGUCAAAGGGUUACAACUGUGAGGCUGCAAUAACUACUGUCCAACACACACACCUUGAACAGCUGUUGAGACAAAUGAUGAAGUCAUUUUCUGACUGCUAUAUCUUUUUGGAGUAAGUAUAAGAAAAAAAGUUAAAGGCCGUUAAUAUUUGUGUCAAAUAAUUUGACAUUAAAAGGACACAAAAUGUGUCUGCAGGGAAGUGACUUUGAUUUCAAGGGACAAGCCCGAGCUCUAACCCAAGUCUCAUUUUUCACUAUACAGGGACAAGUUCAUACCUCACAAAACCACACAAUCCCUCACCAGAAAUGGACAAAAAGAGUCACAUAUUUCCAGUCUAAUUCAUAUAUUGACCGUGAGGCAGCUCUAUUAUUGCUACUGCAAUAUUUAAUGUAUUUAAUCCGGCACAGUUGAGGCUCUAGCCUUGUUAAGGAGGUACAUGUGCAAACUCACCGAUGCCUAAAGGCAUGUAUUACAGCUUGAAUAUGAUUUGAUUUUUAUCGUUUUGUUUUUCUGCAUGUUAGUGUCCGUUAUUCCGAUUUAAAGAGUUAUUUUUGCUUUUUUUUGUUUGUGUUUGUAUGAGUGACUGUAAUUUUCCUUGUUGGAUCAUUUACGUAGUCGCGUCUUUAGAGGAGAAAAUAAUAGUUCUCAGCUGAGUGGAAGUUGACCUGAGCAAAGUAGAAAUGGGUCUGACUGAUUGGAUGUGCCAGCAACAGAGGUAUUGGUUUAAGGCAUGUUGACAGAACGAAUGAUAAAAAGGGAAGUUGGCAUAGGUUGAGCUUUUCAAUUUAAUGGUGCCUAAUUAUUUGAGAGCAGGAAUAUGUUGUGUUGACUCAACAUAUUCACACACACCUGUUUUCACUUGUGAUUGUGGUGCUAGUCUGAUUUGUCAUGGAAGGUCUAGUCCGUUUUUAUAGCCCAUGCAAUUUAUGUUGUAUAUAAUAACGUUUUUAUAAUAACCUUUACUCUUUUUUUGUGAGUGUUUUUAAAAUACAAACGUUCUAGUGUCAAACGCAGCUUGAAUUGACUUCUGUCCCAGCUAACAAACAUUACUGAAACAAAAAGACACCGACGUGAAAAGGUUGGAAGGCGACACGUCUUUGAGGUUUAUUAGCGUAGCCCUCCCAUGUCCUCUCAUGUGAUUGACUGGAGGCAGAAGUGUAAUGUAAUUACUGCAGCUCUGAUAUGGAGAAACUCAGCACAGUGUAAUGAUGAUAAAACGGAAACUUCAGUCUGUGAAGGCUUCAUGCUUACUGUGAUGGAUUGUCUCACUGUGUGUUUUUCAUUCAGCCAGGAGAAAUCUCAAAUGAUGCUGACUGUGCAGAAAGACCAAUGCAAGGGAAUGGAGUACUGGCACAAAUCUAACUUAUAUAGUCACCCAGAUGGGGGUGGGACUACCAAAAUAUGCCUCGCACUUUAACGGUAAUUGAAACUAUAUCAUUCAUUUGGGUCACAAAGUUUAAAAAAACGCUGACGCUCUCAUGUUGAUUACUGAGAGCUCCAAAGGAGAUCAUUUCUUUGUCUUUUUGGUCUUGCCUGAGAAACCCAUCAAGGACGCAGCGGAAUUUUAAAUUAACAGAAAAUUAAACAUGGAUCUUUUUUUUUCAAACCAAAUUCUCAAUGUCAAAGUCUCAACCCAUCUAAUGUAUCAUGCAGUCCUGUCAUGCGGAACACACUGUGUCACUUAAUUCAUCAGUAUGCCAUCCCUCACUUCCAUCCACACAGACAGAGGCUAAGGAAAUUAAGAUAAAAUGGAAUAUCCAUAAUUCAUGCCCCCCUUCUCCGCCUGACAUAACAGCUUGAAAUUGUGUCUGCGCGAGUGUGUAGCAUAGUGGAUAAAACAAAAUUAAAUCUCUAUCUCAUAGACCUGUUACUUAGCCUGGAAUUCUCAUUAUCAAAGCAGGUAAUUAUUGUCUGACUUUUAAUUUACAAUUGUACGUGGCAGAAUUAAAGAAGAUGGUUUCAUGUUUGAAGUAAAAAAAUAAAAAAAAAUGGAAGUGGGACUUCAGUGUCCCUCAAGUCUAAUUAACAUGGCAUGCAUGUAAAUGAGCAGUGAGACGUAAAGACUGGACCAAACCACUACCACACACACACACACACACCCCCUUUUCUGUCUUCUGUUACAGCUCAUAAUUGUUCCUCUGCAAAAACGGGUUCUGGUUAAUGGUUCCUAGUGCAGUUUUUGACAUCUACUAGUGCUUUCGAGCUGUUUUUCCAUGAGUGGGCCCACGUUUUGUUUGUCUCGUUUCGCACUGCUCUGCUGACGCACAGGUGGCGGUAAUGUUCUGAGAUGUGCAGCAGUGUGCCAUGAAAGCCGGGGAAGAGGCGAGUAAACAAUGCAGGAUUGAAAAACAUCAGCUCUGAUAAUGCACAGCUCAUCAGUUUUCUCCACUCCUCAUUAGCAUUGAAACCACAAAUAGCCUCGUCUACAAGCAGUCAUAUGACCUCGAAGGGUAGACAAACUGAUUUUGCAGUAAAAACAAAGGUGAUAGUAAAAAUGUUACCCAAACCAUACAUUGUGUAAACAUCCAUCACAGUUUACAGGCAGACUUUCUGUAGUUGUGAGAGCACUGCUGUCCUUCACAAUGAGAGGCUUUUACCAGUAUUUCAGCUGUGCCCCUUUUUGCUGUUAUUUUUGAUGCAUAUGAAAUGCUUUAGAUAAUCUGUCUGAACUUUGUUUAAAACCUGUCUUCUCCUGUUGUGCUUGUUGUGGUGAUGUUCUUAGACCUUCACAAGUCAGUGAUAAUACUUACAAUGUUUUUUUUUUUUUCUGAUAUUGUCAACAGAACGUAUGAAAAGACCAAAACCAGAAGCUUAUUAGUCCAUUUGUCAAUAAUGUCCAGCCUCUCUACCCUGUGUGUGACACUGGGCCCAAACCCACUGAUAACAACUGAAGACUUAAAUUUAUACAAACCAUCAUAAAUAUAGACUUUGUGUCUAUUUCUAGAAAAGGUGAAAUAAGUAACAGUUUGGCACUGUUGGUUAUAGCAAACUUUACUCUAACAAGCAGUAAAUGGUGUUUUUGUUUGGGACUAUUUUCUGCUGUGCAUUAAUACGCAUGUGGUGCACUAAUGAGUAUUUCUGGCAACAAAGCGGCGUAUGCCAGAUAGACUCCAAUUAAACUACAGUGCUUGUGUUGUUGGUAUUGCAGAGGCAUGUCCUACUUUGUAACGGGGGGCUCACUGACACAAACGGUUCUGUACCAUUGCCUUUUAGACUGAGUUGGGAUUGCAACAUAGCUCAUGAUAAUUUUUCAAGUAAAACAAGUAAAUUAUUUCAUGCAUUUUUAGAAUGUUUGCUUAUUUCCGAACAAAUGAAGACAAAAACAACGUUCGAAGUCGAACAGUCGAAUUGUGUUGAAUUACUGUUCAGCCAGCAGCUGGGAAAUGCGUCUUGGAUCGUUCUCCGGGUGGUAAAUGUAAUAUAGGUCAAGUGGGAUUUUGCAGGCGGCGAUAUAUCCCAUUUGGUGUCACAAAUUGCAAAAGUGUGUCAACACCGGCAGCAGACACCACAAGUAUGAAAGCAUGUGUGUGUUUACCCCUUGCAGAGCGUAUGAAUCUUCCCCAUUCACCACUCUUGCAUUUCCCUCAGUCAGUUUUAAUUUGCACCACGACGACAGAGCUAUAAAUUUGUGCCAUAUUUGAAAGCAAACAAUUGUCUUUUGUUUUAGUUUAUUGUGCCUUUUGGAACAAGGUAUUAUUUGUGUUAGACCUCUCUGCCAAAACUUCAGUCAGUUGUCUAAAUAUUCUAGCAAUAGAUUCAUAUUUCGGGCACAAAAUAUUGAAGCAGAAAUCUUUGUGAUAUUGGCAAUACUGGGUAUUAUCAUGCGAACGCCUCACUGUAUUCUCCAUUGAGGAAAAUCCACUUUUUUGUUUUACUCAGCAAUUUGGGGGACAUACAGACAACAAACCAAGAAUGUGAAACAGCCCUUUCUUAUAUUACUAGCUAUUUUUUACCUAGUAAUGAGCUCAAACACUUAGUACUGUAUUUUAAGUGUGUACAUAUUGUAGAUGAAGCCUGCAGAACCUUAAAACUGACUCUUUUCUUUUUGUUUUUUUUUUAAGAUAAAAUCUAUUUUUAAUGAUCUUGUAAAGUAAUAAUAAAAAAAAAUAAUUGAGACAAAAAAAAGUUUUUAGAUUUGAUUUUGGCUCUGAUCUUAUUUACUCCCGGUCUAUUUGAGGGAACUGACAGUUUUACAGCUAAAUGAGCUGCAUGUAUUUAAACCAAAGGAGGCAGCAAAGAUACAACUUGUCUGUCCUGAUGACUGUAUUUUUGCUCACAUUUUGUAAUGGAUGUUCAACAUGGAAUUGUUUCAGACAGCAUUGUGAUGCUUGCUUUAUGUUUAUUUAUUUUUUAGAACAUCAUAGGCUUUAUUAAGUCACCACUUUGCCAUUGUAUUUUUGGUAAUAAAGACUGAGAAAUAAAUGACA